UUGUGGGACGUGCCGUUCGAUCGUCUGCUCGCCGCCGGUCUUGAAAUAAUCAUGAAAAUCGUCACUUGCAGAGCUCCUGUGAAUAUAGCAGUCAUCAAAUAUUGGGGAAAGAGAAAUGAAAAGCUGAUUCUUCCCGUCAACUCUUCUCUGAGUGCAACGCUUCAUCUUGACCAGCUCUGCACCAAGACCACUGUGGCUGCAAGCAGUGCAUUCCAGGCUGAUAGGAUAUGGCUCAACGGAAAGGAGCAGUCAUUAGACAAUCCACGCUUGCAGAAAUGCCUUCGAGAAAUUCGUCAAAGAGCGCGUAAGCGGAAGAGUUCCCCAUCCAAGGAUGCCGGUUUGCCAGUUGGGGGCGGAGGCUCCGCCCCCGAGGAGAUGCUCGAUUGGCACGUGCACAUCUGCUCUGAGAAUAACUUCCCAACGGCAGCCGGACUUGCCUCAUCUGCUGCUGGCUAUGCUUGUCUGGUUGCAUCUCUUGCAAAAGUCUACGGUGUAGAAGGCAAUAUCUCAGACAUAGCCAGGCAGGGCUCGGGCAGCGCGUGUCGCAGCAUGUACGGCGGCUUUGUGCAGUGGCUGAUGGGAAGGAAGAAAGAUGGAGAGGACAGCAUCGCAAAGCAAGUUGUUUCAGAAGACUACUGGCCCAAGAUCCGCAUACUCAUAUUGGUGGUGAGCGACCAGAAGAAAGCUACCAGCAGCACCACGGGCAUGCAGGCCACUGUUCAGACGAGCCCGCUACUCAAGUAUCGAGCCGACGUCAUCGUACCGGAGAGAAUGGUCGCUAUGGCAACUGCAAUCAAGGAGAGGAAUUUUGAAACAUUUGCAGAAUUGACAAUGAAGGACAGCAACCAGUUUCACGCAGUGUGUCUGGACACCCAUCCACCCAUCUCCUACAUGAACGAUACCUCCAGAACCAUCGUCAGGCUGGUGCAUGCCUACAACGCAUUCUACAAUCAAACCAAAGCAGCGUACACCUUUGAUGCUGGCCCCAAUGCCGUUCUCUUCACCUUAGAGGAUGAUGUUGAAGAGCUUCUGUCUCUCAUCACUCACUUCUUUCCUCAAGGAGAGGAGACCAACGGAGCAUCAUUCAUCCGAGGACUGCCAGUAGAUAUCAAGACACCAAGCCAGGAGCUGAAGGCCGCGGUGACCUUUGACCCCUUGCCCAACAGCCUACGGUAUAUCAUCCACACCCAGGUUGGGCCGGGACCGGAGACCGUGGAGGACCAAUCCCAACACUUGUUGGACCAGGACGGACAGCCAAAGAAUUUGCCAAAGUGAAAUGCUUCCUCUAAGUUUCCUGAAAUAGAUUGAAAUACUCAGGUGUAGAUGAACGGAUCUUACGAAGUUAGUUAGUCUGUCAGUUGGUUAUCCGGUUCGUUAGUGUGACGUCAGUUCAUUUUAAACCACGCCCACUGGCCAUUAGGUAGCAUUGGAACCAUUGGAACCAGAAGCUAUCGCAACUUGAGAGCUUAUCCAAUGGGCGCUAGUAAUCAGUGGUGCGCGCGCAUGUAUGACGUUUUUACUAACGAACCGGAUGGAUCACAAAAGUGUUUUGAAAUGUAAACAUGAAAUUUUACUAUGCAAAUGUAUUUACUUGAAUAUACCCCCUUGCAGAUAAGAUGUCAAUGUAAGGGGUCUAUUCCAAAUUUCAAUCAUGCAACAGAAAGGUUUAUUUCUAUUUAAAUGUGGGGUAUUUUCUAGACUUUUCUGAAUUUAAUGCACGAACUUAUGCUGGUAUGCAUAACAGCGGUUCUGGAAAUGUGUAACAGUCAAAGGGAAGCAAGUGAUAAAAACAUGCUGGUAUUUCAUGGGAAUAUAUACUGGUACAAUAAAAAGAUGAAUGAGAAUAGUUUAUAAAAUUUUUUGCAUGUAGUUUGGGGAAUGGCUGAAAGUUCCUUUUAUUUUUUAUCCUAAAGGAUGUUCAAAAACAAUAUGCAACUUAAAAGAAUUAACAAACUCGAAAAACAAAAUACAACAUAAUAUUUGUUAGUAUAAUGUGCUGGCAUUAUUGAUCAUGCAACAAAAAAAUGUAAAAAAAAAAACUACAAUUUUAUUUAUAAUUCAAGCCACUAUCAUGAUUCAUCAUUGUAACAGUUUACAAAUCAAAAUGAUAGAUAAAAAUGCUCUAAUUUAUGCUUUCCUUUAAUCUCAGUGUCGAUAAAAUAUUUUAAUUUAAGUAUGGAAAUACAGUAUUUCUUGUCAUUGUUAAUGUCAAAAUUGUUUUGGAGAAUGCAUGUUAAAAGAAAUUGAAUGGUUUUCAAUUUUCUUUUUCAGUUCAUUAAUAAAAUGAAGUCUUUCAGAGUCAAUAAAAGUGCCUCUUUGUAGAACCAAAUAAACAAUUAUGGUAUGUCUCACAAACUGACAAUAUUCAAAGUUGCUUUAAUAUACUAGUGCUUUCAUUGUAAAAG